AGGUAACUGAGCUCCAGCUGCUCUUCUUCCCUAAGAAGAUCCAUGAGACACUCCUCAGUUUAUCCAGUUACUUUCCCUGGUCCUCACUGAGACCUGUGCAGCUCCAGUAGCAGUUUUCCAAGAUUUCCCAGGACUAAGAGGUUUCCCAGGAGGCAUACUAGCAUUCCCGAACAGCCCCAGGAAAACUGGGUAGAGUCAGUCCCACUCUUAAUGGUGGAGUUUGUAGUCUGAGAUCACCUAAGUGGGUCAGAGCAUCCUGAGCACUAGGUCUUGGAUGGAGAUGCGAAAAUGAGAAGGCGCAAGAGUCCUGGUCCCCACCAACCAGCCUCCCUGGUGACGAGUUCUGCGCCUGGAACAGUGACCACUGUGCCCCUGGCAGCCUCCUCUCCUGCCAUCCUCACCAUGUUCAACCCACAGAGGCCCCCAGCUGAUGUUCGUGUUACUUUUGAGGAUGUUGCUGUGCACUUCUCUAAGGAGGAAUGGUGCCUCCUUGAUGAGGCUCAGAGACACCUGUUCCUCGAAGUGAUGCUGGAGAACUUUGAACUCAUAUCCUCUCUAGGUUGCUGCUGUGGAGCAGAGGAUGUGGAGGCACCUACUGAACAGCAUGUUUCUGGGACAGUGUCACAGGCAAAGAACCCCAAUGGAGCUGUGUCCUCCCAGAAGAGCCACCCCUGUGAGUGUUGUGGGCCAGUCCUGAGAGACAUUUUCCACUUGGUUGAGCAGCAGGGAACACAACACAGCCUGAAACUAUUGAGGUGUGGGGCAUGUGCAAAGCAGUUUCAUUUCAGCCAGAAAGCCAUUGGCUGCAACCAGACGCUUGCUCAGGACCAUGGUGUCUGUAAUGGACUACAGUGUUUUGUGUGCCGUGAAUGUGAAAAAUCUUUUACAAAAAUCUCUGAUCUCCAGUAUCAUCAGAAAUUGCACACAGGAGAAAGUCCAUACGAGUGCAGUGAAUGUGGGAAAUGCUAUAAACAACAAUCCACCCUUAUUCGUCACCAGCGAGUUCAUUCUAAAGAAAAGCGUCAUGAGUGUGGCGAAUGUGGGAAAUUCUUUAGCCCCCGUUCAAAGCUCGUGGAACACCAGAGAGUUCACACUGGAGAAAGGCCAUAUGAAUGUGUUGACUGUGGGAAAUCCUUUAGACAAAGUUCAAACCUCAUUCAACACCAGAAAGUUCACACUGGAGAAAAGCCAUAUGAGUGUGGUGAAUGUGGAAAACAUUAUACCAGAAUCUCUGCUCUUCGUUAUCAUCAGAAACUUCACACUGGAGAAAGGUCUUAUGAGUGCAUUCAGUGUGGGAAAUCUUUAACCACUAGUGUAGGCCUCCGUUAUCAUCAGAGACUUCACACUGGGGAAAAGCCUUAUAAGUGCAAUGAAUGUGGGAAAUCUUUUGUCAAGAUCGAUCAGCUGAGUUAUCAUCAGAAAUGUCACACUGGAGAAAGAGCUUAUAAGUGCAGUCUGUGUGGGGAAUCUUUUACCACUCGGAUAGGCCUCAGUUAUCAUCACAGACUUCACACUGGAGAAAGGCCUUAUGAGUGCAGUCAGUGUGGUAAAUCUUUUACCAGUAAGACUAUGCUCCAUUGUCACCAGAGAAUUCACACUGGAGAAAGGCUUUAUGAGUGCAGUGAAUGUGGGAAAUCUUUUGUCAGGAGCUGUGAGUUGAGUUAUCAUCAGAAAUUUCACACUGGAGAAAGGCCUUAUGAGUGCAGUCAGUGUGGAAAAUCUUUUACCUGUAAGAGUAACCUCCAUUGUCAUCAGAGAAUUCACACUGGAGAAAGGCCUUAUGAGUGCAGUCAGUGUGGGAAAUCUUUUACCCAUAGGAGGAGCUUCAGUCGUCAUCAGAGAAUGCACACCGGAGAAAGGCCUUACGAGUGCAGUCAGUGUGGGAAAUCUUUUACAAGUAGGAGGAGCCUCCGUUGUCAUCAGAGUCUUCACACUGGAGAAAGGCCUUAUAAGUGCAGUCAGUGUGGGAAAUCUUUUACCAGUAAGGGUAGCCUCCGUUCUCAUCAGAGAAUGCACACCGGAGAAAGGCCUUAUGAGUGCAGUCAGUGUGGGAAAUCUUUUACCAGUAAGGAUAACCUCCGUUCUCAUCAGAGAAUGCACACCGGAGAAAGGCCUUAUGAGUGCAGAUAA